UGUGGAGGUGUGUGCUGUGUGUUUGGAGGAGGGACUCCUUCAGUUAGAGAAGUGAGGCGUCACAAGUUCCUGGUUUCCAGUGAAGAAGAAGAGAGGCAGCAGUAAACCAUCAGAGCCUCAUCAUGAAAGUCCAUCACACUCUGAUCUGCUUCUUCUUCCUUUCAGCUCUGCAGGAUGGAAACCCUGAAGUCAACAUCAACAAAAACAUUUCCUUUGGAGUCGUUGGAGGAAAUCUAACAGCUGGAUUCCACUUUCCUGCUGGAACAUGGAAAAUGUUGUGCAGAGGAGAAUGUAAAGGAGGAAACAUUCUUAUUAAUACAACAGAUGAGAAGAAUCAAAGUCACAGAUACAGCACUGAAUAUGUAAUUGUAGAAAGUGCUCCUGCUUUGUCUGUGAGCAUCACACAGCUGAUCAUGUCUGAUGCUGGACAGUACAGCUGUGGUGUGGGUGGAUCUCCAUCAUCAGUUUCAUACAGACAGUUUGAAGUUGUUGUUGCUGAAGCACUGCUGGAUGGAGACGAUCCUGCUCAGCUGAAACACUUCUAUAAAGAAACUGGAAGCUCUCUCACAGUCGGAUGUUACUUUAAUCAGUCUGGAGGACAAAAGUUCUUCUGCAGGGGAGAAUGUGGAGAGGACAAGGUUCUUCUUCAAACAGAUGAUGAAGAUGCUUCCAAAGACAGAUACAGAAUUGGAUAUAGAGGAACUUCAGAGGAGACAUAUAGAGGACAAGGAAUUGUGUAUGUGACAAUCACACAGCUGACUGAGUCUGACUCAGGACAGUACAGAUGUUCUCUGAAUCGAUCUCAAGCUUCAUUCAGACUCUUUGUGCUCAGCGUCACAGAUGCAGUCGUCCAAUCAGCCUUCUCACCUUCACUCACCUCGAGUGUAACCACGGAGCAGCCUGAGAAAACAUCUGAAGGUGUUUCGCUGCCUGUGGGUCUGACUGUGGCUGUCAUCAUCAUCAUCAUCGUCAUCAUCCUGUUAUCAGUGUCUGUGCUGAUAUUCUGCAAGAAAAGAUCUGCAAAACCAAAGAAUCCUCGUGUGGAAACAGAGUACGCUGCUGUCACAGAGACCAACAACGCCGUGUAUGAGGAAAUCAGAGACGAGGGCGGAGAGAAAGCUGCUCCUGUGGAAAUCAGUUCAGUUUAUGCUUUGGCCAAAUACAACAACGUGCCUGAAACCACAGAUGACUACAGCAUGAUCACUGCAGCCACGCCUGAGCACAGCGUAAGGAAAACGCUGCACAGAACAAACCGAAACUGCAAACUGGGAAAGGAUGAAGACGACUCGAGCAAACUCACCAAAUCUGAGCUGAAUAGUUCAAAACCAGACGUGGCCUCUGCCAGCAGCACCUCCCCUCAGCCUCAGGGAGACGCAGGCUCUGACCCGAGCCAGUCUCUAGAAAAUCCACUGUAUUCUACUACAGACUAGCUUCUAUUCUGCUGAUGGCAUAUUUUCUCCUGCAGUGUUCAAAAUGAAGUCGUUCUCUCACAAAAUGUGAGAAUUUUUUAAUUCAAUGAUGUGACAGUUUGAGGAAAACAGUUAAAUACAGGAGAGCUUUGACUUUCUGAUACACAAACUUUAACAAUGGGAAGAAAUUCUGCUGUUGGCUGAAGUAACCAAACUAAAAACUAGGCUGAAGUUUCAUAUUUUACACGUUCAUGCUUUACAGUCUCAUCCCUAAAGGAGUUCGUCAUUCUUUACACUUAGCCAGAAGUAAACCGUUAAGAGUACAGACUGUACAUUUUACUGAGCUAAAGCCAAAAACUGUUUAUUAAUAUUAUAAAUAAAUGCUGAUUGUUUUUUUAAAGUGGAGAGUGUUAUUUGCAGUGUCCUUCUGUGCAUUCACAUGAGGUCAUAAUACUGAUUUGUUGUGGGAGCAUCUCUGCUUAACAACCAUGCUCACUAUUAUGUUUCAUGCUAAUGUUCUUUAAAGCUAAUGUAUUUUUUAUUUAUUUUAAAUUGCUCUGCAGAGUAUCUGUCAAAUAAAUGUUCAACUCAU